AUGAAUAAUGCAAAAAAAUAUGAAAAAAAUUUAAGGGAUUUAAAAACAGGGUUUAAAAUAAAUGCAUUAAAUUCAAAAAAAAAAAAAAACGUACUCAAUAAUCUUAAAGAAAAUGAACAAAAACUCCUACUUUUGGAAAGAGCAUAUUUUAAUCUUUUAGAAAACUGCUACAAGUUAAGAAGUUGUGAAAAAAAGCUAAUUUCAAAAAACCUAAGAAAUUAG